CAUCGACACACAGUGACACAUCAUUCCACCAUGGUACAGACUUUAGCACAGUUCAGAAGAUUCCAUUUUGAGGGGAUUUUCAGUCUCUGCUUUUUGGUGGUGGUGAGAUGUGCUGUGAGCGGCCCGGCGGUGCCGUGCACUGUGGUGUUUGCGGAGGCUGACAGCGACGCCUCGCCAUGCCUCUGUAACCACGAUACCAACACUGUGGACUGUCAGACCAGAAACCUGACCGUAGUGCCGCCAGAAUUCCCCGCUCGGAUGAAACGUUUGAACUUGGAGAACAAUCUCAUUACUGCGCUAUCCCGGGACCAGUUGGGCUCCAUCGACUCGCUCAUUCAUCUUGACCUUUCUAACAACAUCAUUAACGAUAUCGACGACAACGUCUUCGGGGGGUUAAUCAACCUGAAGAUUCUCGAACUUGGCAACAACAAUCUAAAAAUAAUACGGAACGGAACAUUUUCUGGUCUGUUCAAUCUCCAUCAGUUAAAUCUGGAAUCUAACAAAAUAGCCACCAUAGACCCCCAGGCCCUGACCCCUCUGUACAACCUCAGGCAAUUAAACCUGCAGGCCAACAAAGUCAGCUCAAUACAAUGUGCCCUUGUACAGAAUCUGACCUGGCUGCAAUUACUGUCUCUGAGGGCCAACCCCAUCCAGCUGAUUGAAGACCAGUGCUUUUAUGGCCUGAUCAACUUACAAGACAUCCAACUCAAGCGCUGUAGUCUGACUCAAAUCAACAACGGCACAUUCAAAUACUUGUUUCAACUGUCCACUCUGAAUUUGGCCUGGAACAAAAUAAGUCAGAUAUCGACAUUUGCUUUUCGAGACUCGGUACAGCUGACUCGACUUCACCUGAACAACAACAACAUUUCCGAGCUCCCUGCAGGGGUUUUUGCGAACCUUACAAACUUACAAAAGUUACACCUCCAUCAUAACCCCAUCACAUCCCUCAGUACAGAUCUCUUCACAGACUUGCGUAGCUUGGAAUUCUUACUUCUACAUAACUUAAAACUAUCUUCUCUACAGGUAGAAACCUUUGCUGGGAUGCCUCCCUUACAGUAUCUGGAUCUCAGUAGUAAUUACCUCCAGAACCUACAGAGGGGAUUUGGCUCAGUGUUCAAGCCCUACUGGCACGUCAAACUGUCUGCUAACCAGUGGAGGUGUGACUGUGAGAUACAAUCUAUCUACGAAUUCCCUUGGAUUGCGAAUGAAGUUGUGUGCAGAUCCCCAGCCAAGUUUCAGUACAUGUCUCUAAAUCAGAUUCCUUACUCAAAUCUAUCGUGUACUCCACCAAGUCUUACAGGGACGACGACGUACGCCUUUGCUGUGAUCAACGAUACAGUUUUCUUGCACUGUAAUGCGAGCGGAUUUCCUACUCCAUCAUUGUCCUGGCUCCUGCCCCAGGGGACCAUGCUCACCUCCCGGCCAGGCACUGACCUACAGUCUGAAGGUGAGAAUGGCCUGACUCUGGUGAUUGAGAGUGUUCAGCCCAGUGACACAGGCAUAUACAUCUGCAACGGUAGUAACCCUGGUGGGAGAGACUUUCUCAUCACCUAUCUGAAAGUUUUUGACCCAGACUGCGUGGUAAGAGUAGAUACAGGGAACAAAACGUUAGGAAAUGAUUCGUCAUAUACAGUAUUUGACAUCCAAGCGAACUGUAGUUCCGCUGAAUAUUCUGACGGCCUCUCUGGUGUUCUGGCGCUAGGAUACUCAGAGUUCACUUCUAUCACUGAGACUAAGCUGUGUCCAGAUGGCGUACCCUGUACAAAUGCACCAAACAAACGUUCAUGUGAGACAGGUGCAAAGUCUCAGCUAAAGCAGCCACAGAUGGUCGCAGCCACGGCACUCAACUGUAACUACCUGGUCACCUGGUUUAUCAUCGGCAUUGUUGCUGGCAUCAGUCUCAUCAUCGCAUGCUGGAUCGGAUUUACUGUGCUUUACCGAAAAAAGGUCCGAGAAAGAAUCGUUGUACAACAAGCAAUAGAGAAAUGGAAGCGAAAAAAUAAUCAGAAAGACUCAAACUUGAAACCAGCUUUUGGCGUUCAUGGCCAGCAGACAAGGAGGAAAAAAUGCAACAAUAGAAACGCCCCAACAGCUUCAUCAUCAGAUGUACACUUGUCUGAGAAUGGGGACAAACCUAGGACUGCUCAUGUUGCUUUUGCAGAGGAUGGAAAUGCUAUUAAUGGACAAAGUAAAAAGCUUUCUAACCAUAGUAGCCCGAUAGAUACUGAUAAAAUCGGGCUGGAACAAAGUAGUGAAGCUUUAAGUAAAAAAAGUACCACGGAAAAUGAAACUAGUUCCACAAAAGGUUUGGUCUCAGCAGAAGGCAUGGGAGGAGUAAAGUAUCAACCAGGUAAUCGUGUUCAGAGCAACCAGAACAGGAGAAAAGCUUCCACUGGAAAUCAGAUGGAAGGAAAGCAACUGGUUAAAAAUUCAAAGGGUUCACGUGAAGGUCCGACUAAAAGAGGCAACGGGCUGGUAAAUGCUGUACCCAAUACAGGAGCCGGCAGGCAGACUAGUGGACAAACUAACAUGACUAAUAAACAAGCUAUGAGACGAUCCCCUUCAUCAUACACUUCACCACCAAACUCCACUAUGAGACCAUCCCCUUCAUCAUACACUUCACCACCAAACUCCACUAUGAGACCAUCCCCUUCAUCAUACACUUCACCACCUAACUCCACUAUGAGACCAUCCCCUUCAUCAUACACUUCACCACCUAACUCCACUAUGAGACCAUCCCCUUCAUCAUACACUUCACCACCUAACUCCACUAUGAGACCAUCCCCUUCAUCAUACACUUCACCACCAAACUCCACUAUGAGUAUCAAACCAUCCUCGUCAUCAUACACUUCUCCAGCUAACGCCACGAUGAGACCAUCCUCAUCAUCAUACACUUCACCACCAAACACCACCAUGAGACCACCUUCUACAAAGUACAACUCACCAUCCUCAUUUUUUGAGAGAAUCUACUCUGAUUACCUUGGCAAGUAAAUCAAUUGAUUAUAAUUAUAACUUAAAUGUAGAAUUACUAAAUUUGUUACCAACACAAUUACUAUUGUUGGAAGCUUGUUGACAAUUCAAUGGCUUUUGUUUUAAGUGAGAUUGCUUCAAUAGUUUUUUCUACAAAAAUACCUACAGUCAAACCUGAAUUAGCGGCCACAGUUGCAUAGCAACCACCUGGCCAUUGCAGUCACAUUUUGUCGGUCCCUUGUAUUUUUUCCAUUGACCUAAGCAUUAAGAAAGUCUAUAGCGGUCACCUGUCCAACGCGGCCACGGCCACACGAUUUCCAGUCCCACAGAUACAGAUUGACUGAAACACUGCCUAGUGCGACCAUACAGCGGCUGUAUGCCUAUUGGAAGGUAUGUGUGCCUUGAACAUUAGACAGUAAGUCUUCGGCAAAUUUACCAACAUUGCGAAUGGCAAAAUCAAUCGUUUUCAGUAGAUUUAACGUCAUUGACAAUUUUAAGACGAUCAAGACAAUUUUACUUGGUGAGAAGGAUCAGUGGGUACUGAAAACAUUAUCGCUCGUGGUCAGUUGAUAACAUUUUCUCUAUUAUUAGUGCCCACCUGUCUAUAGUGGCCACAUUUCUCCAGUCCCUUGAGUUGUCGCUAUAGACACAGGUUUGACUGUAAUUCCAAAUGCAUAUGUUUUUGAAGUAAUGAAUGACUCUCAAAGUUCAAGUAAUACCUUGUUUUAUCAAUGUCCUACAAACCAGGCCUAUUAGAACAGUUGAUUAGUCUCUUUGCAAAAGAGGACAAAGAGAUACCAGGCCACCAUUUUAAAGCUCCCUGGCUUUGUAUAGUUGUAGCUUACAACUACUGAAGAGCCAAAUACUGUACAGCAAGGUUAACUGAAAAUUUAUUUUAAAUUAAAGCAUGUGCAUAUAAAUGUGACAUUUAGAAUAAUCUAAAAACAAGAACAUAUCAUUAAGUUCCAUUAUCCACUAUUUGAUUAUGCUGCUGCCCAAGAAUCCCUGACGAAGCGGUAGGCAGCCACCGGAUAGUCUUCACACCAAUUGAUUUGUGAGAGUUCUGUGUCCAUACUGUAGUUAUUGCAUAAUCUGAUAGUAUUCAGCUAAGCUAAGGGCACAACCCGCCGUACGUGCAAAUACGUGCUGUCUACAUUGCCAAAACGUGGACAAU